GGCUUCUCCAGUCACACUCACAGAGUCGGCAUUCAACUCGGACUUGAAACGUGGAAGUCGCUUUCUGCACUCGAAAAGCAUAUUCUCCAGAUUGCAGGGCGCUUGUUGAAGAAGAAAUUGUGGGGGCAUCAAGAGCUGUGGUCAUUCUGGUCACCGCUUUGCUUGCGCGUCUUUAGACAAUCAUGACCAUGGCGGGGACGUCGGACUCUUUGUCUGGGCUGGCCCUUGAUGGUGAUGCGGUGGAGUGGCCCGCCCGGCGCGUCCGCCAGCAAUUCCUGGACUUCUUCAAGUCCAAGGGCCAUGUCAUUGUCGAUUCUAGCCCCGUCGUGCCGCACGACGACCCCACUCUCCUCUUCGCCAAUGCUGGGAUGAACCAGUUCAAGUCCAUCUUUUUGGGGACGGUGGACCCCAAGAGCCAGCUUGCAAAGUUGAAAAGAGCUGCCGACACACAGAAGUGCAUCCGUGCUGGGGGCAAGCACAACGAUCUGGACGACGUGGGCAAGGACACGUACCACCACACCUUCUUUGAGAUGCUGGGCAACUGGUCGUUUGGGGACUACUUCAAGGAGGAGGCCAUUGGCUGGGCCUGGGAGCUGCUGACUGAGGUGUACAAGCUGCCCACGGCGCAGCUGUAUGCGACCUACUUUGGCGGCGAUGCGAAGCUGGGGCUGGACCCGGACCUGGAGGCCAAAAACAUCUGGCUCAAGUACCUGCCGGAGAGCCGAGUGCUGCCCUUUGGUUGCAAGGACAACUUUUGGGAGAUGGGCGACCAGGGCCCUUGCGGCCCGUGCACCGAGAUCCACUUCGAUCGCUUGGGGGGCAGGGACGCCGCAGCGCUUGUAAACGAUGACGACCCGACGUGCAUCGAGAUCUGGAACAAUGUGUUCAUCCAAUUCAACCGCGAGGCUGACGGGUCGCUGACGUCCCUCCCCGCCAAGCACGUGGACACGGGGAUGGGCUUUGAGCGCAUCACGUCGAUCCUGCAGCGCAAGCUCAGCAACUAUGACACUGACGUCUUCAUGCCCAUCUUUAAGAGAAUACAGGAGUUGACGGGCGCCCGCCCGUACUCGGGCAAGCUCGGCGCGGACGACGCGGACAACGUGGACAUGGCGUACCGCGUGGUGGCGGACCACAUCCGGACGCUGUCCUUUGCCAUUGCGGACGGCGCGCGCCCCGGGAGCGAGGGCCGCGAGUACGUCUUGCGGCGCAUUCUGCGGCGCGCGGUGCGCUACGGGCGCGAGGUGCUGCACGGGCGGGAGGGCUUUUUCAGCGCGCUCGUGCCGAUCGUGCCGGAGGUCAUGGGCGACGUGUUCCCGGAGCUGCGGAAGAACCAGGCCAAGAUCGCGGAGAUCAUUGCGGAGGAGGAGACGAGCUUUGGGAAGACGCUCAAGUCGGGAACGGAAAAGUUCAAGAAGAUUGCGGCAGACUGCAAGGGCGGCGUCAUCAGCGGGCGCGACGUGUUCCUGCUCUGGGACACUUUCGGCUUCCCUGCCGACCUGACAGAGCUGAUGGCGGAGGAGGAGCAUCUGACAAUCGACAAGCCGGGCUUUGAGGCGGCCAUGACGGCGGCGCGCGAGCUGUCCCGGGGCGCCCGUGGCAAGGGCGGGGCCGCGACCAUGGUGCUGGAUGCGGCGGCCACAGACGCGCUGCAGAAGCGCGGGGUGCAGCCCACCAACGACAAGGCCAAGUACGGGCCGGACAAGGACCAUCCCACCCGCAUUGAGGCCAUUUACAUGGGCCGCGAGUGGGUGGAGAGCAUCUCCGGCGACGAUGGCGAUGUGGGCAUCGUCCUGGAGUCCACGUCAUUCUAUGCGGAGGCCGGAGGCCAGACCUUCGAUACGGGCCGGCUGGAGACGGCCGGCGGUGCGGUCGAGGUGGCGAAUGUACAGUCGUUUGCGGGCUUUGUGCUGCACAUCGGCAGGCUGGAAAAAGGGCGCGUCGCUGUCGGAGACGCAGUCACGGCAAAGGUUGAUUAUGUGAGGCGGUCAAAGGUGGUUCCCAACCACACGUCUACGCAUCUACUCAACUUCGCUUUGAAGGAGGUUCUGGGUGACCAUAUCGACCAGAAGGGCUCGCUUGUUGCACCCGACCGGUUGCGCUUUGACUUCUCGCACGGGAAGGGCGUGGCAGCGAAAGAGUUGGGCAAGAUUGAGGCCAUCGUCCGGAAACAGAUUGGAGACGCGUUGCCCGUGUAUGCCAAGGAGGCCCCGCUGGCUGACGCCAGGAAGAUCGUGGGCCUGCGCGCCGUGUUUGGAGAGACGUACCCCGACCCCGUCCGUGUGGUGACCAUCGGACGUCCGGUGGAGGACCUAUUGGCGGACCCGGGCAACCAGGCCUGGGCCGCCCUCUCCACCGAGUUCUGCGGAGGGACGCACCUGGGCAACACUCGCGAGGCGGAGGCGUUCGCCCUGGUGUCCGAGGAGGCGGUGGCCAAGGGCGUGCGCCGCGUGAUCGCCGUGACCAAGGACGAGGCCGUGGCGGCCAUUAAGAAUGGAACCGACCUCGACGCCAGGAUGGCAGCCGCCGCGCAGCUCAAGGGGCCGGAACUGGAAAAGGAGGUGGCCGCUUUGAAGGGCGCGCUGGACGCCGUCGUGCUGCCUGCCGCCCACAAGGCGGAGCUCAAGGACACGCUCGCCAAGCUGGUGUCACGAGUGGCGGCUGCCCAGAAGGAGGCCGCACGUGCGAGUUUGCGUGCCGCGGUGGAUACGGCGGUCGGGGCGGCAGAUGCGGCGGCCGCCGAGGGGCGGCGGUUCAGCAUCAUCCGGUUAGAAGUCCCCGUGGACGCGCUCGUGCUGCGGGAGGCGACCACCACCAUCGUCAACAAGCACAAGGAGCUGGCGGUGCUGCUGGUGGGCGUGGACGACAAGGGCAAGGUGGUGCUCUACGCGGGCGUGCCCGAUGCGGUGCAGGCGCGCGGCCUCGCAGCUCUGGACUGGCUGCGCGCGGCGCUGCCGGCGGUGUCGGGCAAGGGCGGAGGCAAGGGGGCAAUGGUCACCGGCCAGGGCACGAACGUCGCCGGAAUCAGCGAAGCCAUGUCUGUGGCGACCCAGUUCGCCGAGGACAAGCUCUUAAAGUAAGGUUGAGGGCCCGUAGGUCCCCGAUCGGAAGUUCGACGAAGGUUCCUGAACUUGCACCUCUCUUUCUGCAAUAUGGAUGUCACGGGAUUGUCCAAGAUGGUCAUGAGUCAGAGCGGUUUAGGAUAGUGUCGAGCCAACGGGUUUGCACGCAUAGUUUCCCUGAGAAUUUGCAGGGCGCAGACAACUCUUCCAAGAUUCCGAUAGUGGUGUGUGAUCAUAAAUUGACGCUGACACAAGGCAGUUUGCACCAAGGUCGAACUUUGUCCUCAUGAGGGGAUCAAGCUGAUCAAAAGUCACGAUGGUUUUGACGUGGACAUCGUUACUAAGUUGCUCUAAGUUACCGUUCCCAUCGACUAUGUUCUUUUCUUGAUUGAUUGCCCCAUUGAACCAAUAUGUAGCGCUGGCAAUCCAUGAGGUUUCAACGCGUGCGUUUGCGCGCACGCCCCUUGGGCCUCGGCUUUCAGAAUGGUAGGACCUGGGCCGGAAUAACAUGAAGGCGUUUGUAGCGUUAUUGAGUACUACGUAUGCAGUUGCACUCUCAUAGACGCACUUUGUUCUACACUCAAUCAACAUGGUCACGCGAGCUGUGCUGAGCGCCACGGAUUGAUUCAAUCAGUUGGGGAUAUACUUCGAAAGCAGAUUACAUAUAGCUAAUAGCUGUAGAUGAAUGAGGAGCGUAGCUUGAAUAGAUUUCUACAAUGAUUUAGUAUCCACGUAUGAUAAGACACGUGAUUGAGUAUAUAAAACCUAGUACGUUUUAAUUUAAGGAGAGAUCGUACGUGUAUCAGAAC